UGUGUCUCGCGGAGCCUCGUGCUGGUUCGCUCGAUUUCUCGCUUGCGCUCUACUUGUGCGUUAGAAUCCCCCUCUUUUUUCCCCCCUUUUUUUUGGACUACACUUAAACGCGACGCAAACACACUCGCACUCCCCCAGUUUAGCCGUCUCCGUAUUUUUCGCGUGUUCUCCUUCGCCCAAACUUUCCCCCCUGUCCUUGUUUUUUUUUUUUUUUUUUUUUUUUUCUUUCCUCAAGUUGCAACGGAGUCGCGGUGGAUUUACCGGAUACCGGUCCGGACGGAGAGCAAAACCGGGGGAGGGGUGGGGGGAUGAACCGGGACGACGGGUACGUCGUGUUAAAUGCAGUUGUGUUCGAUGAUUAUUCGGGGUUUAAUCGCGAGUGAGUCGCCUUGCUAGGAGAAAAGGGGCGCUGUAGAAAGAGUGGGGAGGCGAGAGAGGGGGGAUAUCAUGGCCGCUCAGGUCGCCAGCGUCGCCUCUCUCAACGCGAGCCCGCCGUCCGAACUCAAAAAGCCGGAUCGGGACUCGCAGGAGGAGUCGGCGCCGGGGGAGAAGCAGCAGCAGCAUGAGAACAAGGAAGCGGGGCCUGACGGCGGAUCUCCCGGCCGAAAGGAACUGCAGGACGGCGGCGACGCUGCUGGGGGAGGAGGGGAUCCUGACAUGAAGAACGGCAACGGGAAUUUGCCCAGGGUAAAUAAUAAUAGCAGUAAUCAGAACGAUUCCGGCGGGCCCGAAGGGAAUAACCAUCCCGGCGUGGGACACCACCACUCGGGCCCCUUCCCACCACCUCCUUACGGCUACAACCAGCACUACAGCCGGGCCCCUUUUCAUCAACAUGGCGGACAACAAAGCCCUGGCAUGGCAGCUGCGCCGGGGCCGGGCAUGAUGGACCCUUACCCCGCCAAUUCCCACGAACAUGGCUACCCCAACCACUAUAACAACUACAGCCCGUUCCAGAGCAGGACUUCAUAUCAGGGUCAGGGCUACGGGGCCAUGAGUUCCCCGCGGAACAGCCAGCCCCCGGCGGCCGGGGGGCAGCCAGGCAAGCAGCAGCAGCAGCAGCAGCAGCCAGCGGCGGCGGCGGCAGGAGGAGGAGGAAUGGCCGCGGCCGCCGCCGCCGCCUCUUAUAACAACCAGAGGUAUAACAUGGGAAGCCAGCAACCCACGUCGACGCCGACGUUAAACCAGCUGCUCACGUCCCCCAGCUUGGCCAGGAGCUACCCCAACUACCCGCAAGGAGACUACAACAACCAGGAAGGGGGCACCAAGUCGGCGGCGGUGGUGGCGGCGGCGGCGGCGGCGGCGGGGGACUUGGUGAGUGGCUACAGCGGGGUCCACCCGGGUUGGCAACAACGGGCCCUCCACCCGCCUCCCAUGAGCCCGGGGAACACCGCACAGGCCCCCAGUCGGAACCAGCCUGCAAGCCCAAUGGAUCAGGUAGGGAAGAUGCGAGGCCAACCAUAUGGAGGACCCAACCCUUAUUCCCAACAGCAGCAACAGCCGCAGCAGCAAGGGCCUCCCACAGGACCUGGACCCCAGCAAGUGAGCUCCUAUCCAGGGCAGGGCUACGGACCUCCGGGCCCCCAAAGGUAUCCGAUGGGGAUGCAGGGUCGAACACCGGGCACCAUGGGCACCAUGCAGUACGGACAACAGAUGUCAGCGUAUGGACAACAGGGGCCAGGAGGCUAUGGGCAGCAGGGUCAGGGAUACUACGGUCAACACGGCGGCCCUCCUCACCCAGGCCAGCAGCAGACACCUUACCCCGGCCAACCGCAGGGGAGCUCCGGAGCGCCCUUCCCCCAGCAGGGGCACCCUUCGCAGCCACCAGGCCAACAUGGGCAACCCGGGCCCCCUUACUCCCAAUCCCAAGGUCCCCACGGUCCUCCCGCCGGACAGCCACCCUAUGUAUCUCCCCAGCAACAGUCGAGCCAACAGCAGCAGCAAGGUCCUGGUCCUCAAAACCAGCAAGGCUCACAAGGCCAGCCUGGCUACCCUCAAGCCUCUGCGCCAGGUCAGCCUACACAGCAGCAAACACCGCCGCAGCAGCAACAAGGGGCACCACCACCACCACCACCACCACCACCACCAACACAACAACAACCACCACAGCAGCAGCAACAACCAGGAAGUCAACCUCCUCAAUCCCAACAACCUCCAAGUCAUGGCCAGCAGAGUCAGGCAUCACCAUACUCGCAGACACCACCACUGCCGCAGCAGCAGCAGCAACCACUACAGCAGCAGCAGUCGCCAUAUCAGAGGUUCCCACCCCCUCCCCAGGAACUCUCCCAAGAUUCAUUUAGCUCCCAGUCCAGCGCGCCUCCUUCCAACCAGCCCAUGCCUUCCAACAAGAGCAGUCAAGAAGACAGCAUGCAGGGCCGGCCGUCCAGUUUGCCGGAUCUGUCAGGCUCCAUCGACGACCUUCCCACCGGCACGGAGGGCGCCCUGAGCCCGGGCGUCAGCACCUCGGGGGUGUCCAGCAGCCAGGGGGAGCAGAGCAACCCCGCCCAGUCGCCUUUCUCGCCGCACACGUCGCCCCACCUAUCGGGCAUCCGGGGGCCCUCGCCGUCGCCCGUGGGCUCCCCCGCCAGCGUCACGCCCUCUCGCACCGGCCCUCUGUCCCCCGCCGCUGUGCCAGGUAAUCAGAUGCCUCCCCGGCCACCCAGUGUCCAGUCAGACAGCAUCAUGCACUCUUCCAUGAACCAGUCGCCCAUGGGCCAAGACAGGGUGUACAUGCGUAACCCACAGAUGCCUCCCUACGGGUCCCCGGGACAACCUGGCUCUGCCUUAUCUCCACGCCAGUCUUCGGGGAGUCAGAUUCAUAGCGGGAUGGGACCCUACCCCCAGAACAACUCCAUGGGAAAUUACGGCCCUCAGGGGGCCCAGUACGGCCCUCAAGGUUAUCCCAGGCCACCCGGCUACUCAGGGAUGCCCAAUGCCAACUACCCUAGCGGCCCCGGCAUGGGUGGUUCCCUGAACCCCAUGCCCGGCCAGGGCAGCGGGGCGCCCUACGGAAACAUGCCCCCCGGCGGCAGAGUAGUCCCGGGCCAGAUGGGCACGAGGCCCUACGGUCCUGGGAUGGGCUCCAACAUGGGCAACAUACCUCCUCAGGUGGUCUCCGGGAUGUGCCCGCCUCCGGGAAUGAACAGGAAAGACGGCGGGCCCUCCAUGCAUCACGGACCUACCAACUCCAUACACAACAGACCACCUGGCUACCCCAUGUCGCAAGGCAUGAUGGGUUCAGCUUCUCCGUAUGGGCCGGUCAUGAACAGCAUGCACGGUAUGAUGAACCAGGGAGGUCCGGGUCCUUAUCCUAUGGGUGCAAACAUGGGCAACAACACCCCCGGAAUGGCUCCUAGUUCAGAGUUUGGCAUGGACAAAAUUAACCAGGCCCAGAAGAUGAACAACAAAGUGGAUGGGACUCCUAAGCCUGAAACCAAAAAGAAGUCGAGUUCUUCUACCAUCACCAACGAGAAGAUCACUCGUCUGUACGAACUCGGCCCGGAGCCCGAGAGGAAGAUGUGGGUGGAUCGCUACCUGGCUUUCACCGAGGAGAAAGCCAUGGGCAUGAACAACCUCCCCGCCGUGGGACGCAAGCCUCUGGACUUGUUCCGACUCUAUGUAUCCGUCAAGGAGAUCGGAGGCCUCACCCAGGUAAACAAGAACAAGAAAUGGCGGGAGCUCGCCACCAACCUCAACGUGGGCACGUCGAGCAGCGCGGCCAGUUCCCUCAAGAAGCAGUACAUCCAGUGUUUGUACGCCUUCGAGUGCAAGAUCGAGCGUGGCGAGGAGCCGCCCCCGGAUUUCUUCAAUACGGACACCAAAAAGAGCCAGCCUAAGAUCCAGCCACCCAGUCCCGCCGGUUCUGGAUCGCUCCAAGGCCCCCAGACUCCUCAGUCCACCAGUAGUUCCAUGGCAGAAGGGGGAGAACUGAAGCCUCCCACCCCGGCCUCCACCCCUCACACCCAGAUGCCUCCCAUGCCUGGUGCCAGGAGUAGCGUCAAUCUGCAGGACCCCUUUGCCGACGGGGGCGACCCGGCAUUUUCCAGGAGGAACGCCAUGACCCCCAACUCUCAGAACUACCAGCCCGGAAUGGGCGGCCCCGAGGUGAUGGGUCGGAUGGGUCCCUACGAGUCCAGCAAGGACCCCUUUGGCGGCAUGAGGAAAGCUGGUGAACAGUUCAUGCCACCCGGUCCUAACAGCGGGAUGGGCGAACAGUACAACAGAGGCCCACCGGGACCCAUGGGAAAUCUGCCAUUGGGGCAGAGGCAACAAUAUCCCUAUGGCUAUGACCGCAGGCAAGAGUCAAGCAUGGGCCCCGACGGCAGCAUGGGACCCGUAGCGGCUCAGCCCAACAUGAUGCCUUCCGGAGCCGACGCGGGGAUGUACUCGCCCAGCCGACCGCCUCCCCAGCAACGACACGACUCCUAUGCCAAUCAGUAUCCUGGCCAAGGAGCGCCCCCUGGUGGUCCAUAUUCAAACCAGCAGCCAGGAAUGUAUCCACAGCAACAACCGAACUACAAGCGUCCCGUGGACGGCGGCUACGGCCCCCCCGCCAAGCGACACGAGGGGGAAAUGUACAACGUCCCUUACAGCGCUCAGCAGCCCCCAGGACCUCAAUCUUCCGGGCCUCAGGGCCAGCAGGACAUGUAUAAUCAGUACAACGCCUACCCCGGAGGGGAGCGGAGGCCCCCGGGUCCGCAGAACCAGUUCCCCUUUCCCUUCGGCCGGGACCGCGGACCUUCGUCCGGCGGGCCCAAUUCCCAGUCGCCGAUGCCCCCGCAGAUGAUGGCGAGCCCCAUGCCCUCGGGUCCCGACGGCCCCCAGGGCCCCAUGUGGCAAGGCCGCAACGAAAUGGGCUACCCCAACUAUCACAACCGCCAGGGGGCCCCCGUGCCCGGCCAGGCCCCCGGCUACCACGGCAUGAACCGCUCCGAGGAGAUGAUGCCUUCGGAUCAGCGCAUGAACCACGACGGGCCCUGGACCGGCCACGUCAACCAGAGGCAACCGCCCUUCGGCCCCGGCGGUUCCGGCCCCCCCAUGACGAGACCCCUGCCGUCGACUUAUCAGACGUCGCAGAACCAUAUUGCUCAGGUGUCCAGUCCGGCGCCCGUGCCCCGGCCCAUGGAGAGCAGGACGUCGCCCAGCAAGUCCCCCUACAUGCAUCCGGGCAUCAAAGUGCAGAAAGCCGGACCUCCGGUGCCCGCCUCCCACAUUGGACAGGCGCCCGUGCAGCAGCCAAUGAUGCGGCGAGACGCGGGCUUUCCUCCCGGCUCCGUGGAAUGCUCACAACCGCACCUCAAGCCCCGAAGACGGCUAACCAUGAAGGACAUCGGCACGCCUGAAGCGUGGCGCGUGAUGAUGUCACUUAAGUCAGGGUUGCUAGCGGAGAGCACCUGGGCCUUGGACACCAUCAACAUCUUACUCUAUGACGACAAUAGCAUCACCACUUUUAAUUUAUGCCAGCUCCCUGGUUUCCUGGAGCUGGUGGUGGAGUACUUCAGACGGUGCCUGAUCGAGAUCUUCGGCAUCCUGAAGGAGUACGAAGUGGGCGAUCCCGGCCAGCGCACCCUCCUCGACCCCGACGCCGCCGAAGACUCUGACGAAGACGUGCCGAUGCCCGAGGGAGAGGUCGUCGACACGGACGAAGAGGACGACGACGAAGACGAAGAGGCGGCCGACACCGGGGUGCGGGUGAAGGAAGAGGAGGAGGAGGAGAGGUCCCAGAAAGACGAGGGCGAGGAAAAGCUGCGGGUCAAGGAACCUGCUACCUCAGGGUCUUCCCACGACUCCAUCGCGGAGAAGCCCAAACAGGCGAGCAAGUUCGACAAACUCCCCAUCAAGGUGGUGCGCAAAAAGAACCCCUUCCAGGGCAGCCACGCGUCCAAGCUGGGCCAGCGGCAGAGCUUCAACAGCGGCCUGGUCCACUGGAGCGUGGGCGGCGGCGACAUCACCGAGCACAUCCAGACCCACUUCGAGAGCCGCGUCAGCCGCCUUAAGGCCCGCAAGCGCUCGCCCAAGGAGACCAGACCGGGGACGGACAUCCCGCGGUCCGCGGUCCCGCAGCUCCCGACGGCCGCGGGCGCGGGCGCGCCGGUGACCGCCACCAUCGACGACGUCCUGUCGGCGCGGCCCGGUUCGGUCACGGAGGAGGCGGUGCGAGGCGGCGCCGAGGAGCAGAAGGAGAACGGCAAGUACCUUUUCAGCAUCAACCCCGAACUGCAGAGCCGGCGCAACGUGAAGAUCCUGGAGGACGAGCCGCACAGCAAGGACGAGACGCCGCUCAGCACGCUGGCCGACUGGCAGGACUCGCUGGCGCGGCGCUGCGUCUGCGUGUCCAACAUCGUGCGCAGCCUCUCCUUCGUGCCCGGCAACGACCAGGAGAUGUCCAAGCACCCGGGUCUGCUUCUGCUUUUGGGCCGCCUGGUUCUGCUGCACCACCGGCACCCCGAGCGCAAGCAGGCGCCCGUCACCUACGAGAAGGAGGACGAGGAGGACGAGGGCGUGAGCUGCGAGCGCGACGAGUGGUGGUGGGACUGCCUGGAGGUUCUGCGGGAGAACUGCCUGGUGACUUUGGCCAACAUCUCGGGCCAGCUGGACCUGUCGGUGUACUCGGAGAGCAUUUGCCUGCCGCUUCUGGACGGGCUGCUCCACUGGGCCGUGUGCCCCUCGGCCGAGGCCCUGGACCCCUUCCCCACGCUGGGCCCGCACGGCUCGCUGUCGCCGCAGAGACUGGUCCUGGAGACCCUGAGCAAGCUGAGCAUCCAGGACAACAACGUGGACCUGAUCCUGGCCACGCCGCCCUUCAGCCGCCUGGAGAAGCUGUACGGCGCCCUGGUGCGGCUGGUGGGCGAGCGCAAGGCGGCCGUUUGCCGCGAGAUGGCCGUGGUGCUGCUGGCCAACUUGGCGCACGGCGACAGCCUGGCGGCGCGCGCCAUCGCCGUGCAGAAGGGCAGCGUGGGCAACCUGCUGGGCUUCCUGGAGGACAGCCUGGCCGCCACGCAGUACCAGCAGAGCCAGAGCACGCUGCUCCAGAUGCAGGCGCACUUUGAGCCCACCAGCGUGGACAUGAUGCGCAGGGCGGCGCGGGCCCUCCACGCCCUGGCCCGGCUGGAGGAGAACCACUCUGAGUUCACGCUGUACGAGUCGCGGCUGCUGGACGUGUCCGUGUCGCCGCUCAUGAACUCGACCGUGUCGCAGGUCAUCUGCGACGUACUCUUCCUCGUCGGCCAGUCAUGACAGCCGUGGAGGCCCUCCUUCCGUUCCCCUUGCGCCCUGACUUUUUUGUGAGCGAAACUUUUGACUGUCCUACUUUUUUUUUUUUUAUUAUUAUUUAUGCAAAAUCACCUCGGAUUCCACUGUCUUUCUCCCUCUACUGCGAAAAGGAAGGAAUACCAUGAAGUAGAAAGAUAACCGCAGGAGAAGAAUGGAUGGGGAACCCCCCCCCCUUCCCUCGCACCCCCCCACGCUUAGCCCUGAAACGACUUGUUUUUUAAUGAAAAUAGAAAAAUAUCCAGAAAAAAAAUAACUGUAACCAAAGUUGCUGUCUCGUUUACAGUCAGUUUUGGGGAAGCUUGCUUUCUCCCCCCGAGGCGAGGUCUCGGGAUUGCUGUAAUGCCCCCCCCCCCCCCCCCCCCCCCAACACCCCCACACACACACACACACACGAACCACAUUCGGGGGGCUGACGUGUGCUCUCCUGUGCAGUAGAUUGUAGGACUUUUUUUUUUUUCUUCCCUGUACUGUACACCUUCAAAGAAAGUGUCGACAUACUGUAAUAAUACUGUUUCACACUGAGAUACGCCGGCUUGGCAGCAAACUGUAGUUUUUGUCGAAAGCGACGGCCCCCCCACCCCCCAAAGUACGGUGAACCUACAACACCCCGACCUCUUCUUCUUCUCUUUUGUCCCUUGAUUGUAUGACUUCUUCUGAGGACUGCUCCUCGGCGCUAGAUCCAAGCAGACCCACCCGGCUGCGCUGUAUAUAUACCAUGUUGUACAUGAAUUACACACCCCUCUAUCUCUCGCGCGUGCGCUCCCUUUCUUUUCGUUCUCAAUUCUGUCGCUUCACCGUUUUUAAAAAAUUACCACUUAACACACACAAGACACACGAGACUGUCUGGUGCGGCUGUAGAGAAUAUAACAAAAAAAAAAAAAAUCAUGUCUGAGUAACAGCUAGACCUUGAAGAAAAAGUUUUUUUGUUUUGUUUUUGUUUUUUUUCCAGUGAUGCGGAUUCUGCAUAUUUGUAUUUCAGAUGUAGCUAAAAACUUGAUGUAAAGUUCCUACCCCUGCCCCCUUCCCUUUUUUUUCUCCCCGCCCCCCCCUCCCCCAAGACCCACCUGCCCUUUUUUUGGCUCAAUGAAUAUCAUUUAUUCAGUAUCAAAUCUUUAUACUAUAUGUUCCACGUGUUAAGAAUAAAUGUACA